CCAUCGUGAACUGGGAAAAGAGGAAGCUUGUGCAAAAGCGGUGAGAACAAGAAGUCGACUCGCAGGCAGAAAGCUCUAUAUCAGUGUCAGUUAAACCAUGACCGAAGUGUCUCUGGGGAAAGACAGUGAGAUCAAACGUGAAGGUUCCAUCAUGGGCUCUGGCCAGAGAGAUGACAAGAGCAGCUUUGGACCUGAUCAUUUACCUCCUGUUGGCCAACGUAUCCAUCGGUUCUCCUCUGUCUCUUUACCACAUAGCCCCAAGGAAGUCUGGAAAAAAGGCGGGCGUGUUUUCUCUAUUCUGCUAGGCAUCAAUCUGGUGCUGCUAGCCUGCACUCUAGUCAGUGGUGGGGCAUUCAAAGACAUCAAACUGCAUGACUACGAUACCUUUUUCAUGCUCACAGUUGUGAUGCUGAUCGCCAUUGUCUGGAUGCUGUUCUAUAUUUUUGGUACCUCCAAGCGGCAGGCUGCCAUCCCCUACAAAGACAAUCAUGCAGGACCUAUCUGGCUAAGAGGUGGCUUGAUCUUGUUUGCAAUCCUUACAUUGGUGAUGGAUGUAUUCAAGACAGGAUAUUACUCCAGUUUCUAUGAGUGCCUAUCAGUCAUCAAAAUCAUGUACCCAAUUGUGCAGGCUGUUUUUGUGAUCAUCCAGACUUAUUUUCUGUGGGUCUCUGCCAAAGACUGUGUUCAUGUACAUCUGGAUCUUACCAGGUGUGGGUUGAUGCUCAUCUUGACCACCAAUCUAGCAGUGUGGAUGUCAGCUGUAACAGAUGAAUCAGUACAUAAGGCUGAAUCAAAAAAACUAGAUGCGAAUAUUUCACACAGAAUGAUUGGCCUAAAAGAAAGCUCCUCCGACAGCUGUGGCUGCAAAAGCAACCUCUGCCAAAUCUUCAAAAAUGGUUACUUUUGGCUGUAUCCUUUCAAUAUUGAGUACAGCCUUUUUGCUUCUGCCAUGAUCUACAUAAUGUGGAAGAAUGUUGGCCGCAUCAUGGACCACCAUGCCAGCCAUAUCCAUCACCUCAGGUUUAAGCUUUUCAAGAGGACCUACUUUUUGGGCUUCAUAAUGGGGCUCUUAAUAAUGGUGGCUGGCAUAGCAAUCCUGAUUGUGUAUGAAAUCCAGAUCAAUUCAAAAGACAAAUCUAAAAAGAAUCAGAUGCUCAUUAUGUACUAUAUUUUCAACAUUGUUUGCCUGAGCUUGAUGUCCCUCAUCUCCGUGGGUGGCUCCAUUGUUUACAGAUUUGACAAGAGAGACAUGGACCGUGAGAAGAACCCAACUAGAACUCUGGAUGUGGCCUUAUUAAUGGGUGCAGCCUUAGGGCAAUAUGCCAUUUCUUAUUACUCUAUUGUGGCCAUUGUGGCCAGUUCACCAAGGGAUGCUAUCAACGCCCUCAGCUUGACCUUUUCCUUGCUGAUGAUUGCCCAACACACUUUCCAGAACAUUUUCAUAAUUGAAGGCCUCCAUCGACAGCCCUUAAAAGGGGAAAGCAAAGUGAACCAGCUGGAGAAGGAUAUUUAUGGACUCACUUUUGUCAACUUAAAUGCUGUAUCCCUCCGCGUCCCUGAAAAUGGAAGCAUUUUAUCAACAACAUCUCCAGGACUAGCAGUUCAGGCUCCCCUUGAAGUAACAAGGUCCAUCAGGACCUCCAAGAAAGUGAGCUGGAGGAGGAGAUUUUUAAAGGAAAGCUCAUUAUUCCUGCUCCUGUGUAAUGUAAUUCUCUGGAUUAUCCCAGCAUUUGGAGCCCGGCCACAAUUUGAUAACACCAAGGAGCUUGAAUUCUAUGGUUACUCCAUGUGGGCUGCCAUUGUGGAUAUCUGCUUGCCCUUUGGCAUCUUCUACCGGAUGCAUGCUGUUGCUAGCUUAACGGAGGUCUACAUCAUGACAUAAAGGGGAAAUGAAGAACUUGUUAGAAGGACCCACAUUUUUCAUACCACCCAGGACUCGAAAGCCUAAAGAGCUGCACUGAGGGGGUGGAGUUCCAUUUGGGUGCCAGGCCCAGUGAUCUAGUGGGCAUUAUCAGGAAUACUGGCAAUAGCCAAAACAAAACCUCUGUUUUGUUCUAUUUAAAUGACUCCUUUUCUUGGUAAUCAUCUUUGGUUAUUUUUUUUUCCUACCAGGAAAUACUGACAUCAUGGACCUUACCUAGGCUUAGAUUCAUUCCUGGUCACUUUAAAGGACAAUUUGAGUUCAGUAGAACAGUCUGGGGAGACUCAGCUUGAAAGAAGUAUUUAGUGAAUGUUGAAGACGGUGAAAAGUAAUUGUACCUUGGUGUCAUUUGGAUGGCUUCAUAGAUUCCUUCCUGUCCCUUCAAUUCCUUUGCGAGUGAUUUAUGAAGGCCUCAGUAGUAUGACCCGUUAGAGCUCAUACAUGAUAAGAAGAAUCCUGGAGUGUUCUGGGUUUCAGUGGGACUUCCUUGCUGUCCUGAAUCAGGGCCUGAAGACUGUAUGAGUCCAUCUAAAGGGUUAUCCUGUCAGGAGCAUAAUAAGAAAUGUUAGUUUUUAAUAGUAGUUUAAUUUUUUAAUGAGCCUAUUUUUAUAAAAUACAUAUUUAUUGAUUCUCAUUGUGAUAAUUAAAAGAAAAAUCAAAUACAAGAGGACCACCAUAAGGAAGACAUUUCCCCACCACCAAGCUUAAUGCUCUAGCUGUGCUUAUCUGGCAGCCUCGCCAAAGG